CACCACAAUGUCCAUCUUCACCCCGACCAACCAGAUCCGCCUCACCAACGUGGCGGUAGUGCGGAUCCGCCGGGCGGGGAAGCGCUUCGAGAUCGCCUGUUACCGCAAUAAAGUCAUGGGCUGGCGGAGCGGCGCUGAAAAGGACCUCGAUGAAGUCCUGCAGACCCACACGGUGUUCGUGAAUGUCUCCAAAGGCCAAGUUGCAAAGAAGGAGGACCUUGUGAAAGCAUUCGGCACGGAUGACCAGACGGAAAUCUGCAAGACAAUCUUGAUGAAAGGAGAGUUGCAGGUGUCGGAUAAAGAGCGCCACACGCAACUGGAGCAGAUGUUCCGGGACAUUGCGACCAUCGUGGCCGAGAAGUGCGUGAACCCAGAAACCAAACGGCCUUAUACCGUAAUCCUUAUCGAAAGGGCCAUGAAGGAUAUCCACUACUCAGUCAAGCCAGGAAAGAGCACCAAGCAGCAGGCCUUGGAAGUCAUCAAGCAGCUGAAGGAGACCAUGCAGAUUGAGCGAGCACGGAUGAGGCUGCGCUUCACCCUCCCGCCAAAAGAAGGCAAGCGGCUGAAAGAGAAGCUGAAGCCGCUGAUCAAGGUGGUGGAGAGUGAGGACUUUGAUGAGCAGCUGGAGAUGGUGUGCCUCGUGGACCCUGGCUGCUUCCGGGAGAUUGACGAGUUGAUCCGGUGUGAAACGAAAGGCAAAGGGACUCUGGAAGUGCUGAGCUUGAAAGAUGUGGAAGAAGGAGACGAGUGGCUGGAAUAAGGCUCCUCCAGCAAAUACAAUAUUAAAGGCUGCCUUGAAUCGCCUGGUUGUGGGUUGACUUUGCCAAUUUCCCCAUUUUGUUUGCCAUUUUCUUUGGGUGCGAGGCCUUCCCCUCCGGCUGAGGGGGCGCGAUCGGGUUUGAAUGCAGCUUCACCCACCUGGGCUCUUCCUUUCUUCUGAGACGCAGUUCCCACUCAGUUUAGUUCUGCUGGGGCUCCGGAUAGUUUUUUUUAGCAUGGAAAAGCAGACAGCAAGUGCCAAACUCCCUGUGAGGUAGACCACACUGGAGAGGCAGGGGGAGAAGUCACGUGCUCCUCACAAGCAAGGGUGAGCCUGGAACGCAGGCUUGGCUCCUGCAAGUUCUCGCCCGCUUGGGGCCAGAGUCCUGAAGGCACCACACUCUCCUCACUGGGGCUCUGCGGAUUGGGGCCCUGGCGACGAGAGGCCUAGCCAUCUUCCGAAAUCCCGAGAAUGCCAUCUCCACCGGGAAAACUUGGAGACUGGUUCUGUAGUCUCUUCUUCCCAGUCAAAGCACUGAUCAGACCCUCAGACACACUCAAGCCACAGAGAGUUGUCCGGAUAAUUUAUUUUGCCAAAUAAAAUUUUUAAAAAAGAUCUAUAUUUACAAUAACUUAGUACAGAAACCGGUAUGUAUUACAGAUAAAGCAUCCUGAUCCAGCUAAGGGCUGUAGCCACAUUCCAAGCUGCCCGGAGCGAUUGCGGGGAGAAGCUGGGGGCUGCUAAACAGGAAAGCUCAGCAAAACCUUAAUUUUUUUCAUGCCUCUGCAGUGGAAUACAUAAUAUUUCCUGCCUGGAGUUCUUAGCUCUCUUUCGCUCCUCUUUGACUAAUCUAGAGCAUAACGUGAUGUUAUUUAGGGCACUUCUCGCCAAAGGUUGCCUCAUCUUUUAUCGUAUAUAGGAUAGUAAGAAAAUAACUUUAGAAUGCAAGACAAAUAUAUUUUUCCCUCAGUGUACUGCCAAAAGGCCGUGAAACUCAGAGCAUGUUCAGAAAAGGGAAAAGACAGUACAAGGGUGACUGUUCCUGGUCACAAUUUCCUGCCGGGGUUUUCAAGCUUGGAUCCCCUGAUUUCGUUGGACUACAACCCCCAUUCUCCCUAGCCGGUGUCCAAGGGCUGGAGGAUGUUGGGAGUUGUAGUCCAACACGAUCCAGCGAGCAGGCUUGGAGAAGCCCAGCAGUAACGACCAAGAAGUGACUGUAUAACUCGGAGUGGUCAAGCAGAGGCGCUACAGCUGCAGUUGGACUACAACUCCCAUCGUCCCCUGCUGUGCCACAGCAGGGGUGAUGGGGGUUGUAGCCCAACCGUGGCUGUAGCGCCUCGGCUGCACCAUCCUUGGCAUAACCUUUUGCUUCAUCGUGACUUCGUUCUGGGGUGUGCGCUAUCUCAGAGUUGGGCUUCCCUUGAAUUCAAAGUCGCAGUCACGGAAACGUGACUGCCACCAUGGGGAGAAAAGCAAAGUGGGGCAAAAGGGGAGAAGAGGAAUGGGGAAACAGAUGGCGCUGUGCGUGGCUCGGGAAAAGCAUCCGGUUUAUUUCCAAUUUCCCCACCUGCAGAUACAAACGAGAGCUGCUGAUGUGAAACUGUGUUCCUUUGGGUUUUAAGACAUGGAAAAUGUGGACUUGUCUCUAGAGACUGACAUCAGAAUAAACAAGUUGCUUUUUCUCUC